AUGGAUUUACAAUGUCUAAAUACUAUCGACUGCAAUCAAGGAGCUGUUAGAGCGGUCAGAUUUAACGUUGAUGGAUCCUACUGUUUAACUUGCGGAUCAGAUAAAAAAUUAAAACUUUGGAAUCCCUAUAGAGGCUUGAUACUUAAAACUUACGGUGGCCAUGGAAACGAAGUUCUGGAUGCAUGUGGUUCCUGUGAUAGUAGUCACAUAGUAUCAUGCUCUUCAGAUAAAUCCAAUAUAUUGUGGGAUGUCUCUACAGGACAACCCAUUAGAAGGUUGAGAGGUCAUGCAGCCACAGUCACCUGUGUCAAAUUUAAUGAAGAAUCAACUAUAGUUGUGUCUGGCAGUUUGGAUAACACAGUAAUGUUCUGGGAUGUGAAAUCUAGAUCUCAAGAUCCAGUACAAGUUCUAAAAGAUGCCAAAGAUUGUGUAACAUCUAUUCAAGUUACAGAUCAUGAAAUAUUAGCUGGUUCUGUAGAUUGUUCUUUUAGGAGAUAUGAUAUAAGAAAUGGAAGUUUGGAUGCUGAUUUUGUUGGAGCACCUGUUGUAUCAGUCAGUUUUACCCAUGAUGGACAAUGUAUUUUAGCUGGAUCUGCUGAUAAUACAGUACGAUUGUUUGAUAAAAACUCUGGAGAGAUGCUGGGAAAGUACACAGGUCACAGAACAGACGACGUGAAUAUCGAAAGCGCCGUGAUCACUAACGACAAUUUCAUUCUGUCUGGAUCAGUAACUGGAGAAUUGUGGUGUUGGGAUCUAGUAAGCGCAGAGGUAGUGAAAAAGUUUGUUCAUACCCGCGGUAAAGUGCUUAACUCGAUAAGUAUUCAUCCACGUAAGGAUGUUGUGUUGACUGCUUCAGUAGGUUCAAUCAAAGUGUGGGGAGAACCGGAAGUGAUUAUAACUGAGGAUUAG